CGCCGCCGAGCUGGUUUGCGAGUCGACUCGUUCGCCCGCCGAGAGAAGGAAGCGCGGUCUCUCCCGUUCCCGCUCAGCCCGCUUCUCCACCCCUUGUACUUUACUCCCAGAAGCGGGCGAGCAGCGCGGCCACGGAGGCGCCGAGGAAGGGCGAGACGCCGCCGGGUAGCGGCGUCCCUUUGGAAGAAAGGGCGCCGGAGAGGAGGCGUCGGCGCGUCGCGGAAGGCGCGACGCGCGAUGGCAGCUGCUUAGCCCGGCGCGCCCGGAGCAGCCCGGAGCUGUGGCUGCCCAGACGGUGCGGCUGGACUGGGGACGCCGCUGCAACCCGCCCGGGAAGGAUGAGCACGGAGGCUGGCGAGGGCAUCACUUUCUCCGUGCCACCCUUGGCCCCCUCGGUCUUGUGCGCCUUCGCCGAGGGCGGCAUUUGCCGGACGGGAGGAGCGGUGGCGGACGGCGAGGAGAGCCGGCCACCACCGCCGCCACCGGGCAGCUUCUGGAAUGUAGACAGUGCCGCUGCCCCUGGCGCUAGCUGUCCCGCUGCCCUUUCCGCGAGCAGCGCCACCCGUUGCCGGGGCAACUCUGGUGGUGGAGGUGGCCGACGGACCACAGUGGCAUAUGUGGUCAACGAAGAGAGCCAGGGGCAGCUGGUGGUAGCCGAGAGCGAGGCCCUGCAGAGCCUGCGGGAGGCGUGCGAGACGGUGGGCGCUACACUGGAGACACUCCAUUUUGGUAAACUGGACUUUGGGGAGACCACGGUGUUGGACCGUUUUUACAAUGCAGAUGUCGCCGUGGUGGAGAUGAGUGACGCCUUCCGGCAGCCAUCCUUGUUUUACCACCUUGGAGUGAGAGAAAGUUUCAGCACGGCCAACAACAUCAUCCUCUACUGUGAUACUGACUCAGACUCUCAGCAGUCACUGAAGGAAAUCAUUUGCCAGAAGAAUAAUAUGUGCACUGGAAACUACACGUUUGUCCCGUACGUGAUAACACCACACAACAAGGUCUACUGCUGUGACUGCAGCUUCAUGAAGGGGCUGUCAGAGCUCAUGCAGUCCAACUUCGAGCUGCUUCUUGGACCCAUCUGCUUGCCUCUGGUGGAUCGUUUCAUUCAGCUGCUGAAGGUGGCACAGGCAGGUUCCAGCCAGUUUUUCCAGGAAUCUAUAAUCAAUGAUAUCAGAAAAGCUCGUAAUUUAUACACUGGUAAAGAACUAGCAGCUGAAUUGGCAAGAAUUCUGCAGCGAAUAGAUAAUAUUGAAGUCUUGACAGCAGAUAUUGUCAUAAAUCUUUUACUUUCCUACAGAGAUAUCCAGGAAUACGAUUCGAUCGUGAAGCUGGUAGAGACGUUAGAAAAGCUGCCCACCUUUGACCUGGCCUCCCAUCAGCAUGUGAAGUUUCAUUAUGCAUUUGCACUGAACAGGAGAAAUCUCCCUGGAGACAGAGCAAAAGCUCUUGAUAUCAUGACUCUCAUGGUUCAAAGUGAAGGGCAAAUAGCUUCAGAUAUUUACUGUCUAGUUGGUCGAAUCUACAAAGAUAUGUUUUUGGACUCUAAUUUCACGGACACUGAAAGUAGAGACCAAGGAGCUUUUUGGUAUAAAAAGGCAUUUGAAAGUGAGCCAACACUACAGUCUGGAAUUAAUUAUGCAGUCCUUCUUCUAGCAGCUGGACACCAGUUCGAAUCUUCCCUUGAGCUCCGGAAAGUUGGAGUGAAGCUUAGCAGCCUUCUUGGUAAAAAGGGAAACUUGGAAAAACUCCAGAGCUACUGGGAAGUUGGAUUUUUCCUGGGGGCCAGUGUUCUAGCCAAUGACCACAUGAGAGUCAUUCAGGCAUCUGAGAAGCUUUUUAAACUGAAGACACCAGCAUGGUACCUCAGGUCUAUUGUGGAGACCAUUUUGAUCUAUAAACAUUUUGUGAAAGUGACAACAGAGCAGCCCGUGGACAUACAGGAGCUCAUGGACUUCUGGAUGGACUUCCUGGUCGAGGCCACAAAGACAGAUGUUACUGUAGUUAGGUUUCCAGUGUUAAUAUUAGAACCAACCAAGAUAUAUCAACCUUCAUAUUUGUCUAUCAACAAUGAAGUUGAGGAAAAGACAAUCUCUAUUUGGCACGUGCUGCCUGAUGACGAGAAUGGUAUACAUGAGUGGAAUUUCAGUGCUGCUUCUGUCAGGGGAGUGAGUAUUUCUAAAUUUGAAGAACGAUGCUGUUUUCUUUAUGUGCUUCACAAUUCUGAUGAUUUCCAAAUCUAUUUCUGUACCGAACUUCAUUGUAAAAAGUUUUUUGAAAUGGUGAACACCAUUACCGAAGAGAAGGGGCGAGGCGUGGAGGAAGGGGACUGUGAAGGAGACUCCCUGGAGUAUGACUAUGAAUACGAUGAAAACGGCGACAGGGUCGUUCUGGGAAAAGGCACUUACGGGAUAGUCUACGCAGGUCGAGACCUGAGCAACCAGGUCAGAAUCGCGAUUAAGGAAAUCCCAGAGAGAGAUAGCAGAUACUCCCAGCCUCUGCAUGAAGAAAUAGCAUUGCAUAAGCACCUGAAGCACAAGAAUAUUGUCCAGUAUCUGGGUUCGAUCAGUGAGAAUGGUUUCAUUAAGAUCUUCAUGGAGCAGGUUCCAGGAGGGAGCCUUUCCGCUCUCCUUCGUUCCAAAUGGGGCCCACUGAAAGACAAUGAGCAAACUAUUGCAUUUUAUACAAAGCAAAUACUCGAAGGAUUAAAAUACCUCCACGACAAUCAGAUAGUUCACCGGGACAUAAAGGGUGACAAUGUGUUGAUUAAUACCUAUAGUGGUGUUCUCAAGAUCUCAGACUUCGGGACAUCAAAGAGGCUUGCUGGCAUAAACCCAAGUACUGAAACUUUUACUGGCACCCUUCAGUAUAUGGCACCAGAAAUAAUAGAUAAAGGACCAAGAGGCUAUGGAAAGGCAGCAGACAUUUGGUCUUUGGGCUGUACCAUCAUUGAAAUGGCCACCGGAAAACCACCCUUUUAUGAACUGGGAGAACCACAAGCAGCUAUGUUCAAGGUGGGGAUGUUUAAAGUCCACCCGGAGAUCCCGGAGUGCAUGUCAGCAGAGGCCAAGGCUUUCAUCCUGAAGUGUUUUGAGCCAGACCCUGAUAAGAGAGCCUAUGCUAACGACUUGCUCGUUGAUGAGUUCCUAAAAGUUUCAAGCAAGAAGAAAAAGACACAACCUAAGCUUUCAGCCCUUUCACCUGGAUCAAAUGAAUACCUGCGGAGCGUGUCCUUGCCGGUGCCCGUCCUGGUGGAGGACACGAGCAGCAGCAGUGAGUACGGCUCGGUUUCCCCCGACACGGAGCUGAAGGUGGACCCCUUCUCUUUCAAAACCAGAGCCAAGUCCUGCGGAGAGAAGGAUGUAAAAGGAAUGCGGACCCUCUUUCUGGGCAUUCCAGACGAAAAUUUUGAGGACCACAGCGCCCCACCUUCUCCUGAGGAAAAAGACUCCGGGUUCUUUUUGCUGAGGAAGGACAGCGAAAGACGGGCCACCCUUCACAGGAUCCUGAAGGAGGACCAAGACAAAGUUGUGAGGAACUUAAUGGAGUCUUUGGCGCAGGGGUCUGAGGAACCGAAACUAAAAUGGGAGCACGUCACAACCCUGGUCAUGAGCCUCAGAGAGUUUGUGAGAUCCACCGACCGCAAAAUCAUAGCCACCACACUGUCGAAGCUGAAGCUAGAGCUUGACUUCGACAGCCACGGCAUCAGCCAGGUCCAGGUGGUACUCUUCAGUUUUCAGGAUGCUGUCAAUAAAGUUCUUCGGAACCAUAACAUCAAGCCACACUGGAUGUUUGCCUUAGACAGUAUCAUCCGGAAGGCGGUACAGACAGCCAUUACCAUUCUGGUCCCAGAACUGAGGCCGCAUUUUGGCCUUGCCUCUGAGAGCGAUACUGCAGAUCAGGAAGACUUGGAUGCAGAAGAUGAUCGCGAGGAACAGCCCUUAAAUCGAAUCGUCCGAAGUCCUCGAGCCAUUAUUGAAGAUGCUGUGGCUACCUCAGGAGUGAGCACGCUCAGUUCUACUGUUUCCCACAAUUCCCAGAGUGCUCACCGGUCUCUGAAUGUACAGCUUGGAAGAAUGAAAAUAGAAACAAACAGGUUACUGGAAGCACUGAUUCAGAAAGAGAAAGAAUUACAAGCACUCCUGCGUCACGCUAUUGAAGAAAAAGACCAAGAAAUUAAACACCUGAAGCUUAAGUCCCAACCAAUAGCUGUUCCUGGGUUGCCUGAGCAUCACUCAUCUUCUGGCACAAGUACCAAAGACUCUGAACUUACCGACUGGCUCAGAGACAGUGGAGCUGAUGAAGACACUGUCAGUCAGUUUUUGGCUGAGGAUUACUCACUAGUGGAUGUUCUCUACUAUGUUACACGCGAUGACUUGAAAUGCCUGAGGCUAAGGGGAGGGAUGCUCUGCACACUGUGGAAGGCCAUCACGGACUUUCGAGACAGACAGACAGACAAACAGACUUGACCAUCGCUCAGUUUGUUUCCAGCCUUCCCUGGGGAUUCUAACAGCUAACCCGGAACUGGUCUUAAGGGAAGAAGAAUCCAAAGGAGAGGAGAAAGAAACUGCACUUUAAAUCCAGUAUUUGUUUACUUGUGUUAAAAAAAAUAGACAAAGUACACUGAAACUUCUAGAUGCUUCUAUUUCUAUAAUUCAUAAGGACUCCUUGUAAAGACUCUCAAAAUAAUCCCAAAUACUAGGAUAUUUAGGAUUAUUUUACUCUAAACAUUUUAAUGGAAAUAUUUUGCACUCAGCAGCUACUGCGCUUCAGCCAAACGUUUGUUUCACACGAACCAGAUGUAACAUUUCACGUGAUCACACGUCACUGGGACAAAACCAAAAUGUGACCCCAGCAUUUCAGGCCUUUGUGUGUGUGUGAUGCGCCCUGACGAUCUGAGUAGAAAUGCAUAGUUUCGAUUAUUGUAUAGUUUGUCUUUUAAAUAUGCAAAAUCUGAGAGCAAUGGUUCUUACUUACCUGUGUUAAUUGUAAUAUUAACUAUAUUUUGUAACUUAAGUUUCUGGCCUAAAGUGCAUUGGUCUGAGUCCUUUUCGUUACUACUGAACUGUACCAGUUGCACAUGCCUGAGUCAUAGUAAAGUCAGCUUGUUCUAAAGCUAUCCAUUGUGUCGCACUUGCUCCAAAAAGGACAAAGGACUCAACCUGCAGCUUUGAUAAAUUCUAAAGAAUUCUCAUUUUGUUUUGACAAACUAGCUAGAUUACUGUGUCAAAGUUCUAGUUGUUUAUUCAGCUAUAAUGUUAAAAAGAAUCUGUCUUCUAUCCAAGUAAUAGAAGAACAACUGAUACCCAAGUCCUUCCCCAGGGCAACCGAGUGGUAAGAAAGAGGGCAAAGGAAAAAGAAAAGAAAGCGCAUUGUCCUCAGGGCCCUGAGUGACCUUGGGUGAGGGCUGUGCAUCUCCAAGGACUGGCAAGAACAGCCCCCCCCCGCCCCUGAGACACUGCAUUUCCUGUCACCUCAGUUGUACUUCUCAUGUUAAGGGAAACAUUUGAAGCUGAAUAUUAUAUUUUAUAAGCCUGCCCACAUUGAUAGGAUAAAGUCUGCAGUUCCUAGAUGGAUCAGUGAGAUACGGUUUGUUGAAUAUAGAUACUUUAUUAUGCAAGAUAACAAGAAUAGACCCAUUCAC